CCCAAUUCCUCACACAUGCUCUCACCCCUCUAUACCUCCUCAUCCCUUCCCCUCCUCACUCCCCCUCCGGCCCUGCCCCAACUUCUCCUCCUACACAAGUCUCUUUCUCCCCAGUCAGGUCAUUCUGUGAGCCCUUUCCCAAGUCUCACUCUCACAGGAGCACUCCUGAGGGCUCGUGCCACCUCUCGUGUAUUGCCAGGGGCUCCCGUGCAGGGUCUGGUUGGGUCUGACUCUCCGCUUCCCCCCUCAGGCCUGCACUCUAGGCGCGUAUUUCACACGGUGGUGUCGGAGCCCGGCCCGGGGCUGCCCUGGUACAGCCGUGUUGGGUACGUGGACGAUCAGGUCAUCUUCAACUACACCAGCGAGUCGCAGAGGGUGGAGCCCCGCUCAGUGUGGAUGGCACAGAACGAGGAUCCGGAGUUCUGGGACUUUCAGAACUUUUGGGCACAGCGCUGGCAGGCCUGGUUCAACGCGAGUCUGAACACCCUGCGUGAGCUCUACAACCAGAGCGAGGGGUUUCACAUUAUCCAGAUGAUAACCGGCUGUGAUCUCCGGGAAGACAACACCACUUGGGGGUUUUACCAGGAUUCAUAUGAUGGACGAGACUUUCUUACCUUCCAUAAGGAGACCAUGACUUGGGUAGCAGCAGAUAUCGGAGCUCAGAUCACCAAGAGGAGAUGGGAUGCUGAAAUAGGUGACUACCAGCACUGGAAACGCUACUUAGAGGAGAGAUGUAUCCCCUGGCUAAGGAGUUCUCUAGAGUACGGGAAGGAGACUCUACAGAGGAAAGUGCGCCCAACAGCUAGAGUGAGUGACAGGUCAUCUCAUGACAGGCUCACCACCCUCUCCUGUAAGGUCAGUGGGUUCUAUCCCCGGGACAUCACCGUGACCUGGCUGAAAAAUGGGGAGAGCAGACAGCAAGAGACCUACUCUGAAGGCAUCCUCCCCAGUGGGGAUGGGACCUACCAGACCUGGGUGACAAUGGAGAUUGAUCCCAAGAUCAAAGCCCAUUAUUCAUGUCAAGUGGAGCAUGAAAGCCUGUUAGAGCCACUCUCUGUCCCCUGGGAACCAAGUAACAGUCUGAUUCCCAUUGUUGCUGGAGUUAUCACUGCAGUUCUCCUAAUUGGUGUUAUAAUCGGAGUAGUCAUCUGGAAAAAGAAACACCCAGGGAGAAAGGGAGAUGGCUACACUGUAACUCAGGGAAAUGACCAGGGAUCUAGUGGCUCUGACAUAUCUGCCAAGGCUUAACAGAGCCUGUUGGAGUCUGUCCACAACCUGAGGGGAUGCCAUAGAGGAAGAUUGAUGAGCUGUGCUCUGUCUCCCUACAAGAACCAAUCAGCCUCUCCCUAGCUUUUCUCUGGCACUUGGAGCAUCCUGUGUGGGAUUUCUGGCCUCAUCUAUCUGCUCACUGGACCACCUUUUACUUUUCAGAUGUAAUAGUUUUCUGUAAUCAUGUUUUAUUUUGCACUGAAUAAUUACCAACAUUUUAAUGGAUAAAAACUCUUUUAGUAAGAUUUUAGUAUUUGCUACAUUUAGUGUGUGCACUCAGUGCUCUGUGCUGUGCAGCGCUGUUUGCACACCCUGAACGGUGCGCUAGAUAUGGGAGCAGUAACCGCUUGGGUGUAUAGGGUGGGGGACGUAUUUUUUUUUCCUGUAGAAUUUCAUGAUUAUGACUUGGUAAAUUGCCUGGUCUACUC